UCCCGGCGUGCCGCGGGCCGCGGGCGGAGGUGGGAAAGGCGGCAAGGCGGGCAGCGCUGUGGAAGGUGUUGGGGCUGUGCGGUGUCGGGGAAGAUUGGCAGUCUGUUUGAGCCGCAGCAGGAUGGAGGAGCCCGCUGGGAGCCUUCCCCUCCGCAGAGACACCCUCCUUUCCGAGUACUGGGAUCACGUCUCCGUAACCAGCCUGGUGGAAGUGCUGAGAUCUUUGGUGGCUUUAACUGACCCUCAGGAGGGAAAGCUGACUCAGUCUCAAGAGAAACUCUGUUUCCAGUUGCCCAGCAAGUGGUAGCUUGAUCAUCAACCACCUGAAUUCAGCGAGGCUCCCUUCAAGCAGUUGGCACUGUCAGGUAUUCCAGCUGCUCCUGAAGCCAGGCUUCAAACCACCCUGUCAUUUACUGACUGAAGGGCCAGCUCUUGCAGGCCUGUGGUUGCAGCCUCUCCUCGUGUCCAUGUGUGACCAUGGCAUGUGCACUAAACUUGCUGGGCAUUUGGAAAACUGUAUUUAGAGUUGUUCUUGGGCCUACAUCAAAGACCUCAGUGGAGUGACAGCUCGAAGAUGGGAGACCAGGAGGCAGGUGAGCCUUUCCUGGGGAUAGUGGCUGGUGGUGCCAGAGACUACGAAGGAGCUCUGCCCUCGGAUACAGUGUCACUCAGCGACUCUGACUCGGAUGACCUGGGGCUGCCGGGUGAAGCAGAAGUUGAUACAGUAUCUCCAGAGGAGCCGUCUGUAGAUGAAGGGGAUUUCAGAUCAGGAGAGACACCCGACUCUUCAAACAGCAGUGACAGAUCUCCUGUCCAGCCAUUCCAUCUGAAGGGCAUGAGUUCUACGUUCUCUCUGCGUAGCCAGAGCAUUUUUGAUUGCCUGGAAGAGGCAGCCAAGCUGUCUGUGCCCUCAAUGCCUGAGGAUAAUGUUGUUGAUGGGAGGUUUAAGCGUCCAUUGCCUCCAAGCACAGUUUCAGGUAGCAUGGUCCCAGAAAACAUGGGAAGGCAAGCCAGAGCAGGGCAGGCUCCCAGAAGCUCUCCUGCAGUGCCUGACUACGUGGCACACCCGGAGCGCUGGACCAAAUACAGCCUAGAGGGAGUUUCUGAGUCCAGUGACAGCACCAACAGGGCUGUGGCCAUGGAAUUUCUGGGUGGUUUGAAGAAAAGAGGGGAGCAACAGAGCUCGGCUGCUCAAGACAGCUACACCCCAUCCUUCAACCAGGACCCUUCCAGCUGUGGAGCUGGGAGGAUUGUCUUCACCAAACCAACUAAGAGAGGUGUUGAUGGACUGGAAAAGAAAACACCAGCAGGGGAGGAUGAUAAGAAACAGAUGAAGACAGAUCUGAAAGGAAAAUCUCUUAAGAAGAGUGAUGACUUGAGAGAAGAAGAUAAGGUUGAGCUGGGGCACUUAGGCAGUGACAGUGGAAAGGCAGCAGAGGAGGAGGAGUGCAUGGUGGAGGGGGACCAGAACACAGAAUAUAAACCUGAUGCAAGGCUUAGUGGUGCAGGUGAAGAGCCAUCCUUGGGAACAGUUGGAUUCCACUGCAGUAAGAAGAAGAGCAGGAAAAAUUUCAGACCUAAAGUAGAUGAUGAGGGGGAGGAGGAAGAAUCCUGAAGGAUGCAGCACAUUGGAGACAUCCCAGGACUUGUCUUGUUCUGUUUUUAUUUUUUUUUUUCUGGUCUGUUUUGUCCAACAGUUUGCAUCAUAGCCACCAAGAACUUUUUAUAUUGUUAGAAAUUAAGCUACCUAAAAUAAACUCCAGCCUUUCUGUUUAUGAGAAGUUCAUGGGCACAGGAUAGUUGCAUCUUGGCAGGAGAGAAUAAAGUGUGCUUUGUUUGCUUGAACAGCUCCCUGGGUCUUGCUCUGGAGCUGAAGUAUCCAAAGAAACAGAAGUGUUAGCUAAAAGACUGCAGGGAUUCCUAGUAACUCCCAGUUUUUGGAAUUGUUCCCAAAUCCUGUGGAAUCCUGGAGAAAAGGUGAUGAGCUCAUUAUGUAGAGAUUUUUAAACAAUGAAAAUAAAACCUAGUCUUCCACUGGAUGUGACUUCUCCUGGCCCUGCCCCAGGAGGGAAAACCCUUUAACUUUUUUGUUUAAAAACACCCUUCUCUCAUUGGCUUUGAGGGUAAAAGCACAACAGUGCCCAGUUAUAUGAUGUGAUGAUUUGCACCUUUGUAUGUCCUUUCCAGGAGGUGCUGCUUCCCUAAUGAUUCUGUAUGUGGAUUGGGGUAUUUGUGGGAAUGAGAUUUAUACCAGAACUGGAGACAUUUUUGUUCUAUCUGAUACAAUAAACUUGUGGUUGUAACUUGGUUUCAUCUCUGAACCACCCUGAGUAAUGAAGCCAUAGGAGUUUUACCAAACAUUUUAUUUGAUUUCAGAACUGUCUUGAAAAUCUUUUAAAGUGUUGCUCUAACUUUGCCAUCUUGUUAACUUCUCCCUCAAGUCUUAUAGAUUCUAAACCUCACAUUUUUAACAUUUUCAAUCAUUUUACAAUGUGUAAUCCUCUCAUAGGAUGUGUCAUCUCAUACAAUGAAUCACAUUGUAAGGAAUGUCAAAUAUGGUGGGUUUUUUCCACAGUAUUAGUAAAUUUAAUAAAUAAAGUUGAAAGAUUAAA